AUCUUCCAGUUGGCUGUCGUUGGCUGUAGGUCUACCUGGCAAACCCCCAAGAAAUAUGUAAAUAAAUACAAGGAUUUCAACUUUCAUGAAAACUCCGGCUCUAGGAAGGUGAAUAGAAAAUUAAAAGGUCAUACAAGUAAUGGGAAGUCCUCCUGAACAAUCUCCUCGUUUAAUAUUGGAAGAAAAACCACCAAAAAUGCUGCAAAAGUUUUCCUAUGUCAUACGAUCCUCUAUAUCAAGCUCUGCUUUGCACCAAGCCCCUAGAAAAUUGCCCAUUUUUGGGMUUAUAUUUGAUUUAGAUGGGACACUAACUUUACCAGUUUUGGACUUCAAAGUCUUGCGAAAAAGAAUAGACUGUCCACCUCCUAGAGAUAUAUUAGAAUUCAUCAGAUCCAAACCAGAGGAAGAGAAGACAAGGCUAUUAAAAAUUGUUGAAGAUUUUGAAAAUGAAGGAAAUGAGAAUAUGAAGCUACAACCUGGCUUACAUUCAAUGUUAAAAUUCAUAUCAGAAAAUGGACUUCAAAAAGCUGUAGUUACAAGAAAUGCCAAGCCUUGUGUAGACAUAUUUUUAAAGAAGUUGGGAGAUCCCAGCAGUUAUGGAGGACCUUUCUCGCAUUUGCUGACAAGAGAUUUCAUCCCAUCUAAGCCAGAYCCAGCCCCCAUCCGUCAUAUUUGUAAAGAGUGGAACCUGGAUCCUAGGAAUGUCAUCAUGGUUGGUGAUCAUGUUCAUGACAUCACAUGUGGACUAGAUGCUGGAUCAGUGACAGUCUUAGUCAACAAUACCAAGAACACRGCCUACAAAGCAAUAGCAGACUUCAAUGUUGACUCACUAGAAGAAUUGGUYACUUUAUUACAAAGCGACUCCAUGGUUGUCACAAGGACAGAUUAAGUACAGUGAAAACAGUUUAGAGAAUAUUGAAAACUUUAUUGUAAAAUAUGAAAAUAAAUUAAUAGCACAUGAGUACGAUUUUAGGACCUACACGCAUCCCUAUUUUUUGCAACCACAUAUUCCUGCAAGGGUUUAGCUUACACGAAUUUGAAUAAAAAUAGAUCAAGUCAAUAAAAUGUUCAUUUAUUCU